AUGCAAGGCCUCCAACACCAGCAGCAGCAGCUCGUGGCGCUCCUUACGGCGGCACUACCCAAAGACGCUUCCUCCAAAGCCCCGGCGACUUCUUCUUCUUCAGUCUCUUCCUCCGCCGGCUCUGUUACCCCCUCACCCGAAGAAGACGAAUCGCAGCGUCUAGCAGCCAUCAACUCCCUCCACCGCGCAAUACUCUAUCCGCACAACUCGCUCCUAGUCACGCACUCCGCCUCCUACCUCGCUCAGGGUUUCUCUCAGCUACUAACUGAUAAGUCGUAUUCGGUGCGCCGUGCAGCAGCUACAGCAUAUGGAGCUCUGUGUUCUCUAUUGUGUUCAUUCUUGAUAGCUGCGAAUGGGAGGCAGAACCAUGCUAUACUUGGUAGUUUGAUUGACCGGUUUAUUGGGUGGUCUUUGCCAUCUCUAAGGAAUAUUGUCAAUGGAACUUCAGAACUAGCUUUAGAGAGCCUUCACGAGUUUCUUAAUGUUGGAGAGGUUGGAGCUGUGGAGAGAUAUGCUUUGCCAAUUCUUAAAGCUGGCCAAGAACUCCUUGAGGAUGAGAGAACCUCUAUGAGUUUACUCCCAAGACUUCUUAGUGUGUUAACAAUGAUUUCGUUGAAGUUUUUUAGAUGCUUCCAGCCCCACUUCAUGGACAUUGUUGAUCUACUUCUCGGGUGGGCAAUGGUACCGGAUAUUACAGAACCCAACAAGCUCGUUAUUAUGGAUGGUUUCCUACAAUUCCAGAAACAUUGGGUGAAUAAUAUGCAAUUUUCUUUGGGAUUGCUGUCAAAGUUUUUGGGUGACAUGGAUGUGUUAAUCCAGGAUGGAAGCCCUGGUACUUCUCAGCAAUUUAAAAGAUUGCUUGCCCUGCUAUCUUGCUUUUGUACAGUUUUACAAUCCUUAGCAUCCGGCUUAUUGGAAAUAAAUUUACUUCAUCAAAUAGCCGAACCCCUUUCCCAGAUGGUUCCUGUUUUACUGGGAUGUUUGUCUAUGAUAGGAAGAAAAUUUGGAUGGUCAAAAUGGAUUGAGGAUUCUUGGAGGUGCUUGACAUUGUUGGCAGAAAUUUUAAGUGAAAGGUUUUCCACAUUCUAUCCGAUUGUAGUUGAUACAUUGUUUCAAAGCUUGGAAGUGGGAAAUGCAAACCUAGUUUCUUCCUUACAGGUUCAUGGGGUUCUUAAAACUAAUUUGCAGCUAUUGUCCCUCCAAAAGCUUGGCCUUGUGCCAUCAUCUGUCCAUAAGGUACUACAAUUUGAUGGACCCAUCUCUCAAUUGCGUUUGCAUCCAAACCAACUAGUGACUGGAAGCGCUGCUGCUACUUACAUCUUUUUACUUCAACAUGUGAAAAAUGAUGUUGUAGAGAACACAAUUGAUUGUUUAUUUGAAGAGCUUCAGUUAUUGAAGCAUAUGCUUGAAAAGAUUUCAGGUGAGGGGGAUGAGCUCGAACUGGCAGUAGAUCUUAGAAGUUAUUCUAAAUCUGAGCUGGUUGUGUUGAUAAAGUUUGAUUGGGAAGUCCUGUUAAGCUGUGUUUCUCUAUCACGAGGUGAUAGUUUGAUUGAACGAGCAGAGCUCGACACUUCGCACCUGAGCAGAGCAGAAAAAUUGGUAGCUUUUGAGCUCGACACUUCGCACCUGAGCAGAGCAGAAAAAUUGGUAGCUUUUUUAACUGACAAGUUUGAUCCCUUUCAUUUGCCAAUCCAAAGUGUAACACUGCAAGUUAUUCUUCUGAGAGUAGUAGAAAGGCUCGCAGCAAUCGAGUUUAAGAGCAAGUGUUCCGCAAUAAAACAAAAAAGCGGGUUCAAUUGUCCUGAAAUAUCGUCUGGGACGUAUGUGGAGGAUGAAAAUGUGAGGGCUCUGUACCCCAAAUUAGUUUUUCGUUACUUGAGGAGGUAUAUGAAACUUCUUGUAAAUUCUCUCGAUAUGUCUUCUCCGUUGGCAAUUAAAUUAGAAGCCCUAAGAUGGAUCGAUAAAUUUUGUGAAAAUAUUUAUAAUACAUAUAGAAACUCAAAGGCUCCAUCACACCCUUGUCAAGCUGCUGCAUGCGGGAGAAUAAUCCAGGACUUGCUUUUCUCGCUUCUAGGCGCUGCUUCAGAUAGAGAACCAGAGGUGAGAUCACUUGUGGCAACAGCUCUUGAGAUGCUCUUGAAAGCAAAACUGAUCCACCCCUUUCAGUUUCCUAUUAUUGCUGAAGUGAUCCUUGAAAAACUUGGUGACCCGGAAAAGGAUAUAAAACAUGCGUACCUUAAGUUGCUUUCUCAUGUCUUACCUGUAACAAUAUAUAUUUGUGGGCUUCGUGAUAGUCGAGGAGUUAGUACAUGCCAGCCUCAAGUUCCUGCAGAAUCUGAUAGAUUUUUCUUGCUCUGGAAACAAAUCUUUGCCCUUAAGCAACUGCCUCAGCAGCUCCACUCCCAACAGCUUGUUUCUAUUUUGAGUUAUAUAUCGCAGAGAUGGAAAGUUCCCUUAUCUUCAUGGAUCGAACGGCUGAUUCAUACCUGUCGGAACAAAAAGCACCACCCAUCGACUCAAUCAGAGGAAGCAGAAACUUUUGAUUCUAAUGGUUUAUGGUGGGACGUCAAAGUGGAGGAAGACAUACUUGAAAGGAUUUGCUCGGUUAACCGCCUAGCUGGUGCCUGGUGGGCUAUACAUGAAGCAGCUAGAUUUUGCAUUACUACUCGUCUUCGAACUAACCUUGGUGGCCCAACUCAGACUUUUGCUGCUUUGGAGCGUAUGCUUCUUGAUGUUUCUCAUGUGUUACAGCUCGAGACAAAUCAAAACGAUGGAGCCGUAAAUAUCAUUGGCUCUUAUGCUCAUUUGUUGCCCAUGAGAUUGUUACUUGAAUUCGUUGAGGCGUUGAAGAAAAAUGCAUAUAAUGCAUAUGAGGGGUCAAUAAUCUUACCUCAUGCUUCCCAGUCGAGCUGUUUAUUCUUUAAGGCAAAUAAGAAAGUCUGUGAAGAGUGGUUUUCAAGAAUAAGUGAGCCAAUGAUUGAUGCUGGACUGGCUCUCCAGUGCCAUGAUUCUACUGUUCAUUACUGCACAUUACGGUUGCAGGAAAUUAGCAACAUUGUCGCUUCAGCACUGUCAGAUAAGUCUAGAAUCCAGAUGACAGAAAAUCUUCAAAAUAUUAGAGGCAGGUAUGCUGGAGAUAUUCUGAGAAUUGUGCAAAACUUGGCGCUGGCUCUGUGUAAGAAUCGUGAACCGGAUGCACUGGUUGGGUUGCAAAAAUGGGCUACCUCGACAUUCUCUUAUUUGCUUUCUGAUGGUAACCAAGGACCAAGUGAUGAAAAAAACUGGGGACAUUUCUCAUUCAUUACCGGGCUUGUAUAUCAGGCAGGAGGGCUGCAUGAAAAGGCAGCUGCUCACUUUAUUAAUUUGUUACAGACUGAAGAAUCGCUCACUUCUAUGGGUUCUGAUGGCGUGCAAUUUGCGAUUGCCCGCAUUAUUGACAGUUAUACGGCUAUUUCUGAUUGGGAAUCUCUAGAAUCCUGGUUGUUGGAGUUGCAAACUGUACGUGCGAAGAAUGCUGGAAAGAGUUAUUCUGGUGCUUUGACCACUGCUGGAAAUGAGAUUAAUUCAAUUCAAGCCUUGGCUCGGUUUGAUGAGGGUGAUUUCCAGGCAGCAUGGUCGUACCUUGAUUUGACCCCUAAAAGCAGCAAUGAACUAACACUUGAUCCCAAGUUGGCUUUGCAAAGGAGUGAACAAAUGCUUUUGCAGGCAAUGCUUCUCCAUGCUGAGGGAAAAGUGGAAAAAGUGUCCUAUGAGUUACAAAAGGCCAAGUUAAUGUUGGAGGAGACAUUUUCUGUUCUGCCACUUGAUGGACUGGUUGAGGCAGCACCACAUGUCAAUCAGUUGUACUGCAUUUCUGCAUUUGGAGAGGCUUGCAAUCUAGGAGACAGCCAGGGCCAACCCAUGGAAACAUUAUUAAGCACAUACAUCCAAACGGUGCAGUUUCCUUGUGAUCAAGUUCAUCAAGAUUGCAGUUUGUGGCUAAAAGUUCUGCGUGUUUGUCGGAAAACUAUGCCAACUUCACCUGUUACUUUUGAACUUUGUAAGAGUUUAGUGAUUUUAGCUCGCAAGCAGAGGAACUUGGUGUUGGCAACCCGUCUCAACAACUACCUCAAAAUCCAUGCCCCACUUAGCUCCGAUAAAGGUUUUAAUUGUUAUAUCACCUCCAGUGUGGAAUAUGAGGACAUUCUGCUCAUGCAAGUAAAAGAUAAGCCUGAAGAUGCAUUGAAAAAUCUUUGGUCAUUUGUGCAUCCAUGCAUGGUUUCUUCUUCAAAUGCAGCAUCCGACUCUCGUGAGAAUGUUUUAAAGGCAAAGGCAUGCUUAAAACUUUCGAAAUGGUUGCAAGGGGUCAGUUUAGGUAAAAACUGGGAGGAAAUUGUUCUUGAGAUGCCAGCCGAUUUUAAAAGGAGUGAAAUCUCCUCUCCAGUCAAAGAGCCCCUUACCCAGUCUGAUAGUAACCUGGACCCAAAGUCAGGAAUUAGUCUUGUUAUUGAGGAACUUGUGGGAACCGCUAGAAAGUUGUCCACACUCCUUUGCCCAAAGAUGGGAAAAUCGUGGAUUUUGUAUGCUUCUUGGUGUUAUACUCAAGCUAUAGCAUCUGUGUCCUCAAAUGGAAAGACAGCACUGCGUUCUUGUUCAUUUUCUCCCAUUCUAACUUCUGAAAUCCAACCAGAAAGAUUUGUAUUAACUGAUGAAGAGAAGUUGCGUGUUAAAGAAAUAAUCAGACAACUUAUUUCAGAAAGGUCCUACAAGAAAGAGUUAUUUGAAGGAAGUGGGGAUUGCAACUGGUCUCUUACUGAAUACAUCAAGAAAGAGUUAUUUGAAGGAAGUGGGGAAUGCAACUGGUCUCUUACUGAAUACAUGCACAGCGAGAAUGAAUUGAAUUCUUUAUGGCAGAAAAUUAUAGAUAUUAUUGAAACUACUGUUGGGAUUCCUGGGACAGAGGACUGUAGUAGCAAUAAUCUAUCUGAUGAAAUAACAUCGCAGUUGCAGAGUUGUAUUGUAUCUGCUAACAUUACCUUAGGCGAAGCCAGAGUUGCAUCCGUGGUGACUAAUCUGAUUGGUGUUUGGUGGUGUUUAAGAAGGAGAAGGGUUUCUCUCUUUGGUCAAGCAGCUCAAGCUUUUCUAAAUUAUCUUUCAUUUUCGUCUUCAAAAAGUUUUGAUGGGCAAUUAUGCAGCAGUGAUGAUGAGCCAGAGUAUAAGUAUGUAAGUUACACCUUGAGGGCCAUGCUCUAUGUGCUGCAUAUUCUGGUUAACUAUGGUUUUGAGUUAAAGGAUAUCCUCGAACCUGCUCUUUUAAAGGUUCCUUUGCUACCGUGGCAGGAUAUUGCAACCCAACUGUUUGCUCGUCUAAGUUCUCAUCCUGAUAAAGUGGUUCGGAUGCUGUUGGAGAAAUUGCUUCUCAUGCUGGCAGAACUUUCUCCAUGGUCUUUGAUUUACCCAACCCUUGUUGAUGCAAAUUCUCCAGAGAAGGAACCUUCUGAGGAGCUUCAGAAAAUUCUGGCCUACUUGCUAGCUUUUUGGGACAAGUUCUACCCAGACCCAUAUAUCAUGUUAUCGGAUCACCCGAAUUUGUUUGUUUGGAGGCGAUUUUUAACUUUGAAGUUGUUUUCCUAUUUACUGUUAGAUGUAAUGAGGCGCAUAAAUUUGUUGAAAGAGGAAGCAGGAAGGAUUGCACAGAACAAGACCCUUACUCAUGGUGAGAAGCACAAGAUAAAUGCUGCCAAGUACUCGGCUAUGAUGGCUCCUAUUGUUGUGGUCUUAGAGCGCCGUUUGGUUUCAACAUCUCGGAGACCCGAAACGCCUCAUGAGUCGUGGUUUUUUACAGAGUAUCAGGAACAGAUUAAAUCAGCCAUUACUAAGUUCAAAACUCCACCUACUUCUGUUGUGGCCUUGGCAGAUGUUUGGCGACCAUUUGAGGCAAUAGCUACUUCCCUGGCAACAGAUCAGAGGAAGUCCUCAAUUUCAUUUGGAGAAGUUUCCCCACAGUUGGCUUCUCUCAUGUCUUCUAAUGCUCCUAUGCCAGGUUUGGAGAAGCAAAUUAUGAUAUCCGAACCGGAGAGCGGUUUAGACAGCUUUAACACGGACAUAGUAACAGUCGCUUCUUUCUCUGAACAAUUAACUAUUUUGCCAACCAAAACCAAACCUAAAAAACUAAUUAUAUUGGGAUCGAAUGGUCUGAAGUAUACAUAUCUUUUGAAAGGACGAGAGGAUCUGCGUCUUGAUGCUCGAAUUAUGCAGCUACUGCAAUCUGUCAACGGUUUUCUGCAGUCAUCAUCUGCUACACGUUGGCAGUCCGUAGGAGUCCGUUAUUACUCGGUAACACCACUUAGUGGACGAGCUGGUCUGAUCCAGUGGGUGGAAAACGUUAUAAGCAUUUAUAGUGUUUUCAAAUCAUGGCAGAAUAGAUAUCAGUUACAACAGCUCUCUGCAUUGGGUGCUGAUACAAAAAAUGCUGCUGCUCCACCUGUCCCUCGUCCCAGUGACAUGUUCUACGGGAAAAUUAUUCCAGCUCUUAAAGAGAAAGGCAUAAGAAGAGUAAUAUCGAGAAGAGACUGGCCGCAUGAUGUUAAGCGGAAGGUUCUUUUGGAUCUCAUGAGCGAGACUCCUAAGCAACUUCUUCAUCAGGAACUUUGGUGUGCCAGUGAAGGAUUUAAGGCCUUCAGUUCAAAAUUGAAAAGGUUUUCUGGCAGCGUAGCAGCUAUGAGUAUUGUUGGUCACAUUCUGGGUCUGGGUGAUAGACACUUGGACAAUAUCCUUAUAGAUUUUUGUUCUGGGGAUAUAGUGCAUAUUGAUUACAAUGUGUGCUUUGACAAGGGUCAGAGAUUAAAGAUCCCUGAAAUUGUUCCAUUUCGCCUUACCCAGACAAUUGAGUCAACAUUAGGGCUGACUGGCAUUGAAGGCUCCUUUAGGGCAGACUGUGAAGCUGUUUUAGGUGUUUUGAGGAGGAAUAAGGAUAUACUAUUAAUGUUAUUAGAAGUUUUUGUGUGGGAUCCUCUUGUGGAAUGGACACAUGCAAACUUUCAUGAUGAUGCAGCCGUUGUUGGUGAGGAGAGGAAGGGCAUGGAGCUUGCUGUGAGUUUAAGCCUCUUCGCGUCACGUGUCCAAGAAAUCCGUGUUCCUUUACAGGAACACCACGAUCUUUUACUCUCUACCUUACCAGCAGUUGAAUCAGCCAUGGAGAGGUUUUGGAGCAUUUUAAACCAGUACGAGAUUGUCUCAAAUCAUUUCUACCGUGCUGACCAAGAGAGAUCCAACCUAAUUCAACACGAGUCAUCUGCAAAAUCUGUUGUUGCUGAAGCUACUAGUCACUCAGAAAAAAGCCGUGUUUUGUUUGAAGUACAGGUUCGAGAAAUCACUCAAGAACAUGCCAUGCUCAUUGAGAAAGGCCGAGAAGCAGCCGCCUGGGCCGAACAGCAUGGAAGGAUUAUUGAUGCUUUAAGAAGUAGUUCUAUUCCAGAAAUUAAAUCCCGCAUAAGGCUGGGUAGUUUGGAAGAAGCUCUGUCUCUUUCUUCAGCUGUUAUAGCCGCUGGAGUUCCACUGUCUGUAGUUCCUGAGCCCACCCAAAUCCAAUGCCACGAAGUUGAUACGGAAGUUUCACAGUUAGCAGCUGAGCUGGAUAGUGGGCUUUCUACAGCAGUUUCUGCUCUCCAAAUGUAUUCAUUAGCUUUGCAGCGAAUCCUACCAUUAAAUUACCUUGCAACCAGCCCAGUCCACUGUUGGUCCCAACUUUUGCUCUCUUUGAAUAAUCUCUCUUCCGAAGUCGUAUCAGCUGCCAGAAGCCAGGGUGCUGAAAUUGUCAGUGGACACACUGAUAGAUUUGCAUAUGCUAAGAACAAUUAUGAUGACCUUUGCCUCAAGGCUACAAAGUAUGCUGCAGAUAUAGAUAGGUUGGAAGAAGAAUGUGAGGAACUUGUGGUCUCCAUCGGCCCAGAGAUGGAAUCAAAGGCCAAAGAACGUCUAUUAUCUGCAUUCAUGAACUACCUGAAUCUUACAGGCUCCAAAAGUAAAGAUGAAUAUGUUGUUUCUGGACCAGCAAUACAUGAAGAGACAAAGAACAUGUCAUCUUGUGAGCAGAUUGAAAAGAAGAAAAAAAAGUUAUUGAAUAUACUAGAUAUGGCUGUGAGCAAUUAUUUUUCUGAUGUUAAGUAUCGAUUACGAACAAGCCUUGAUUCUUUUGGAGGGGAAAGAAUCACCAACAGUAUCCCACUGUCAGGCCUUGGUUCAUUUUGCAGUGCGUUUGAGGAGCAAAUGGAAAACUGUGUUCUAGUAUUAGAGUUUCUUGACGAGUUAAAAAGCGUUGCUGGCCUGAAUAUAUGUGAGCCCGAGGUUGAUGCAAAUAGGUCAAACACCUCAUGGGGAAACUGGGCUUCAACUUUCAAGAACAGUAUUAUUUGUUCAAAAAACCUCGUUGAGAACAUAGCGGAAGUGGUUGUACCCAGUUUGAUAAAAUCUGUGAUCUCAUUUAACUCUGAUGUAAUGGAUAUUUUCGGAUCUAUCUCCCAAAUACGUGGGUCCGUAGAUGCAGCACUCGAGCAGCUUAUCCAGGUUGAGUUAGAAAGAGCCUCUUUGACUGAACUGGAGUCUGACUACUUUGUGAAGGUAGGGCUCAUUACUGAAAGACAGCUGGCUCUCGAGGAAGCUGCCGUCAGGGGAAGAGAUAAUUUAUCUUGGGAAGAGGCUGAGGAGCUAGCAUCUCAAGAAGAAGCUUGCAGAGUGCAGCUUGACAGGCUCCAUCAGACAUGGAACCAGAAAGAUUUACUGUCUUCAUCACUUUCAAAAAGAGAAGAAAGUAUCAAUAGCGCUUUGGUUGCUUCUGAACUUCAGUUGCAAUCUCUUGUCACCGCCGAGUCAGAAAUGGAACCACAUGUCUUGAGAAGGAAAGCACUUCUGGCGAAAUUAAUUGAGCCUUUCUCAGAGUUGGAAUUGGUUGAUCAAGCAUUGAUGUCUCCAGCAGGGCCUGUCACGCAUAACUCGGAUAGAAUUCCUUACCUAGUUGAGUCAAUAAAUUCAGGACGUCCGAUAUCCGAAUACAUAUGGAAAUUUCCUGGUUUAUCUCAUAAUCAUGCCUUUUUCAUUUGGAAGGUUAUUAUGGUGGAUCUUUUGCUUGAUUCCUGCGUGCAUGAUGUUGCCACGUCGUUUGAUCAGAAUUUAGGGUUUGAUCAACUUGUUGAUGUAGUUAAGAGAAAACUCAGAAACCAAUUUCAAGAGCAUGUCAGCAAAUACUUGAGAGACAGAGUGGCCUCAGUUUUCCUGAGUAAAUUAGAUAGAGAAGUUGAGGUUUUGAGGCAUACGACGGAACCAGGCAUGGCGACUGGUCAAAUGCCAGCAGAUCUUGCGGCUGUGAAAAGAGUGCAACUCAUGCUUGAAGAGUACUGCAGUGCACAUGAAACUCUUAGAGCAGCAGAAUCAGCAGUCUCUAUCAUGAAGAGGCAGGUCAAUGAACUAAAAGAUGCACUCCUCAAUACCCGCUUGGAAAUUGCUCAGUUGGAAUGGAUGUAUGAUGCGCACUUAAGACCCUUGGAAGAUAUAAGGCUGAUAACACGUAAAUAUCUUUCAGAUAUUGAUAGCUUAUUGCCACUUAUAUUGAACACCAACAGGCCAAAUUUGCUUGAAAGCAUGCGGUCUUCUGUUGCAAAGAUUGCUAGGUCACUGGAAUGCCUGCAAUCUUGUGAAGUAGCUUCUGUUACAGCUGAAGGGCAGCUUGAGAGGGCAAUGAGUUGGGCCUGUGGGGGCCCGAACUCAAGUUCUGCUGGAAAUGCUCAUGCUAGAAAUUCAGGAAUACCUCCUGAAUUUCACGAUCAUUUGAUCAAUCGUCGGAAAUUAUUGCUGGAGGCACGAGAAAAUGCAUCAGACAUAAUGAAAGUUUGUAUAUCCUUAUUGGAGUUUGAGGGUUCAAGAGAUGGUAUUUUCAGGACUUCAACUGGGGCGGAUGGUGUAAUGUGGCAACAGUCCUACCUUAGUGCAAUAAAAAAAUUCGACAUCACCUAUCAUUCUUUUAUACGGGCUGAGAAAGAGUGGAAGAUUGCACAAAGAAAUAUGGAAGCAGCUUCUGGUGGUUUACUUUCUGCAACCAGUGAACUUUCGGUUGCUUCAGUAAGAGCUAGGACCGCAUCAGGUGAUUUACAGAGUACUCUUCUUACAAUGAGAGAGUCAGCCUACGACGCCAGUGUUGCAUUGUCCUUGUAUGGGCGUAUCAUUGGAGGCCACAAUGCUCUGACUUCUGAAUGUGGUUCUAUGCUCGAAGAGGUCUUGGCCAUAACAGAAGGUUUGCAUGAUAUUCACAGUUUGGGGAAAGAGUCUGCUGUGUUACACUCAUCUCUAAUGGAAGAACUCUCAAAGGCCAAUGCAGUCCUUAUCCCACUCGAAUCCCUACUCUCAAAGGAUGUUGCUGCCAUGACUGAUGCCAUGGGUAGGGAAAAAGAAACAAAAUCGGAGAUAUCCCCCAUUCAUGGACAAGCCAUUUUCCAGUCUUACCAUAAUAGAGUCGAGGAGGCUUUACGAGUGUUCAAGCCUUUGGUACCUUCUCUUACUGCUUCUGUCAAGGGGCUUUACUCCCUUUUGACUAAGCUGGCUAAGGCUGCAGGUCUUCACGCCGGAAAUCUCCAUAAGGCACUUGAAGGAGUAGGAGAAAGCCUGGAAGUAAGGUCACAGGACAUUGAUCCCCUGAGGACAGAUAUAACUGAUUCUGGUGCUGACUAUAAUACACAGGAGACUGAGAUUUCAGUCAAAUCUGAUGUUGAGGAUGCAAAUGUCUCGGUUGAUCUGAAUGAAGUGACUUUACCGGAAAGUGGUUGGAUAUCUCCACCAGAAAGCCUCGCUGAUAAUAGUGAAGAGUCUGGUGGCACAUCGGCUGGGACAAGCAUUGCAGAUAGCUUCAGUGGUCUCGAAAUUACUUCACCAACUUCAGGUGGCUCUAAAAGCCAAGAGAAAGCAGAUUAUCAGACAUGCCUCCCGUCAGGUGUGACUGAAGAACGUCUCGGGUCAUCACCUCGUGAGACACAUUCAGAAAAUAAGCAGGAAAGCUCAGAUUUUCAUUCUGGGCAUGAAGAGGUAAAAUUUGUUCUAAACCAUGACAAUGCCGAAGGACUACCGAAACAUUCCUUCAAUAACAUAGAGGCUGUCGGCCAAGGGCGUGCGGGCAAAAAUGCUUAUGCAGUGUCAAUCUUAAGGCGAGUCGAGAUGAAACUUGACGGGCGAGAUAUCACCGACAACAGGCAUGCAUAUAUUUCCAUUUUAAUGCAUUUGGAAAUAAGUAUUGGGGAGCAAGUUGAUUUUCUGCUCAGGCAAGCUACAAACAUAGACAAUCUAUGCAACAUGUACGAAGGUUGGACACCUUGGAUUUAA